AUGGAUCCUCCGCUCUUUAGGCAGCGGCAACGCCGUGGCGGGGAACUCCGCCAUGCAAUCAAGAUCACGGCUUGCGGCGGCAUGAUUGGCACUGCCGUUCUCUUCCCCUUGGCCAACGUCCAAGGCCUCUGGUUCCGAGCGGUUACGCUCUCGAUCUUUACCCUUAGCGCGCUGGCAUUCCACGCCCUUCAUAUAGAGCCCUUCAUCAGGUUUGGGCCAUAUACCGCUGCCGCCGCCCUUGUCUUCCUAUUAGUGGCUGUCUUGUCGGCCGGGUCCUCCAGGAAAGAUCUCAUACCCUGGCUGCCGCUUUUCAUUGCUUCCGUGAGCCUGAUCACGGUCGCCACGCACGAGGCGUCACAGCAUAUCGGGCAUCGCCCCGUCGCUUUUGACGAGGAAGCUUUAUCAAGGGCAUCGAUGGAUAGCAUUCAGGGCCAAUGCCAGCCGCACUGGGACGCGUUGACACAGAGCCAUUUCCCGGCUCAUAUUCCACCGGAAGACAAUUCCCAAGCCGAGCCACAUGUCCGCAGGGCUAGCCCAGCAGAAGAGAGACACCGGAACCCGGAGUCAGACUUGGACUCGGACCAGGAAAGCGUGGAAUCCGGUCAUCCUCUCCUCGGACCCCAAUGA